AUGUCCAUAAAGAAUUUGGAAGACUAUUAACAAGAAGAAGAGUAGGAAGACAAUGAAGAGGCAGAAGUCAUUGAAGAUAACGGUUUUAGAGAAUUAUAUGAGAACUAAGAAUAAUUCAUGAGAUAAAUCAAUUAACUUAAUCAUUAAGGUGUUCUCAAAAUUAAGCUAUAAAAAUAUUAGGAAGCUAUGAAAUUACUUUAAUAAUCAGAAUAAAUGUUGGAAUAUGCAACAAGUUGUGGCAAAUAAAUUGAUAAGAAUCUGAUUAUUGUCAUACUCUAUAAUCAGGCAUGCAGUUAUCAAUGUUAAUGGAUAUUAGACAAAAGUUCAAAAUAUUUGACUGGAGUUAUAUACAAUCUGGAUGAGAGCAUGAAAGAUGAGGAUGUAAAUAACAAUAUUGAGACAAAUGAAGAGGAAAGUGAUGCCACUUAAGUUAAGAAAAAGUCAUUUCUCGCUAGAGCUUCAUUGUAACACACAGCAAUAUUGAGUUAAUUGGGAAAACACAAAUAGGCGUUAUAAUCAGCUAGAAAGGCUGCGGAAACUAUGAGAGAAGUAUUUAAAAUAGCCUCACAAUUUUGCAAUGAUUGGGUAAAUAAAAAUGGAUCAUUGGAAUCAUCAGCAACUACUCAUUCAUUUAUGAACUAUAAAUCUAAACAAAAAAAUGCUAAAUAUUAAAUGAAAGAUGAGGUCGAAUUUAGUCGAUUAGUAAUUAAUUCAGGAAAUGAUACAUUGUUAGAUAUGUUGAGAUAUUAGGAUUUAGACAAUAUGUCCAAUAAUGAACAAUUGAUUUUAAGAGAGGCUAAGAAAUAGUUGUAUUAUUGGAAGAACAAUCCAACAAACAAUGAAAAACACAUUCGACAAGAACUGAAGAUAAACAACAAACCAGAUGAUUAUCGAUCAAUCUUGGGAGUCCAAAAUGUUGAAGAGUGGAUACAAUCAUUUAAUGUUAGUUUCAUAAUGCACAUGACUCCAUUAAUUCAUAGUGAAUUUGCAUAGCAGGGAGAAAUGUUAUAUGAGAUUUCCAAAAGAAUGUUAUUGGAAAAGAUCAUUUAAUUAUCAAUCUCAUACUUCACUAUUGCAACUGAAUUAAGAUUUAUAGAAUUAGAAAAAGCAAAACAAUAGGGAACUAAAGACUUCAAUACUGAAGAAUUUAAAUUAAGUGAAUUAUAUCAUCUCAAAGCUAUUGAAAUUGCAUGUAAACAUAUAGCUUGUUCUUCUCAAUAUAUUAAUCAUCUCAUUACCACUUAUCAUAAACAUUACAAUUCAAAUUUAGAUACUAUCUAAGAAGAGUCAAUCACCACCAUAGUCUCAGAGUUCAACUACAAGGAGUAAAAGUUGCAGUAACUUAAAUAAAUGCAAAUGUAAACUUAAAGAGAAAACCAACUACUCUUGUAGAAGAUCACUGAAAAAAAACUCAAUGAUUCAUCUCCUACUGGAAGAUUAGUGAAUUCUCUUUAGGGUUAGAUAUCUCCCCUCAAAAAUAGUAGAAAUAUUAGUGAUAACAUUAAGACCCAAGCCAAUUUCCUUGAUUAGAUGAUUCGUAACAAAAGAAGAUAACAGAUGCCUUCUGAUAUAUCUCCAAAAUAAAAGUUUUAAUUUUUGAAUUUAUCUACUAACAAUAGUUGCGAAAAAGUCAAUGAGAAGGUGUUGAAAAUGAAGGAUACUCUAACAAUAUAAUUAUAACCUUAUAAAUCAGCAAAAGCAACGUUCAAUCAUAUCAUCAAAUAUAUACCUUUUGGUUAAUAGAACAAUAAUGGGUUAGUAAAGUCCUUCCUACUUGAAAGCUGUAGAGUUCAAAGGCAAAAUUUUGUAUCCAAUUGUUCUCCAAAAAGAGGAGGAAGAUCUCCUAGAUAAUCUCCAGAUAAGUCUUAUGUGAAUUACAAAACUAGGACUUCAAUUCCCUAAAACAAAUAGAAUAUUCCUAAUUUGGAAAUAGAAUCAUAAUUUCCAAUUAAGUUAGAGACUUUAAAAUAGUCAUUAAUAGGGAAAUCAUUUUAAAAUAAAAAAAGAAAAUGA